GGGAGUAGCUCAUUUGCAUCUCAUUACCCUAGCAGCCGCAGUCUGUAUAUAACCGGCGGCAGGCUGACUGGGACAUCAGACACACGCAUAGUUACAUAGGGUAAAGAACUUAGAAAGCAUUGGGGAAGUGUUUUGGAUCAGUACCAUUUUUUCUCAUUAUCAAUCAAGAGGAAAUAAACAAAACACAAGCAACCCUAAUAAUUGGGUCGUCUCCUUUGAGUCAGAAGCUGUGUUGAACUGUAGGCUAAUAUCUAAUAGCCUAACUGGAUUGGAAUUUACGCCUUGGCACGGAAUUUCGAGUUAAUUCUCGCAUUUUUCGUUGGGAUUUUUCGUCAACUCCACUGUUGAGGAUUACAUUGUACUGUAAAUUCUGUUAAUGAAGAUACACUGAGAAGCAUCUAGACAAAACUCACAUUCCAUUCAAGACUACUGAAGACCUCGUACGGAUUUUUAAGUGGGACUUUUGUUAACGGAAAAUAACUUUCUCCAUGAAUUUCUGAGCUGGGUCAUUCAUACAUUGCCCUGGCUUGUGGACAUUUAACUAUUUAUUGAAUAUUCUCAGCACAAUGGGACGCCAGUCGCUCUCGAUAGCUGUCAUCCUUUGUGUCUUGAUAUGCCAGGGUUUUUGUUCAGGGGUUUUCGAGUUGAAGUUACAAGAGUUUCUUAACAAGAAAGGAGUGUCAGGCAAUACAAACUGCUGCAAAGGAGUCUCCGGGGUUCAACAGUGCGAAUGCAAAACGUUUUUUAGAAUCUGCUUGAAGCAUUAUCAAGUUAAUGUUUCACCGGAACCCCCUUGUACCUAUGGCAGUGCGGUUACUCCGGUCCUCGGAUCAAACUCCUUCCAAGUGCCUGAAACAACUGCAGAAGCAUUCGCCAACCCUAUUCCGUUUCCUUUUGGAUUCACGUGGCCGGGGACAUUCUCUCUCAUCAUCGAGGCCAUACGCACAGAUUCAAUCGAUGAUCUUUCAACAGAUAACCCAGAACGUCUUAUCAGUCGCUUCACUACCCAGAGGCAUUUAACCGUGGGAGAUGAGUGGUCCUCUGAUUUACAGACUGGUGGAAGAACAGAGUUGAAGUACUCCUAUCGAUUUGUUUGUGACGAGCAUUACUACGGGGAAGGUUGUUCUGUCUUCUGCCGUCCACGGGAUGAUGCCUUCGGUCACUUCACCUGUGGGGAACGUGGCGAGAUAAUUUGCAACUCAGGAUGGAAAGGAACCUACUGCACAGAAUCGAUCUGUCUUCCUGGUUGUGACGAGGAGCAUGGGUUCUGUGAAAAGCCCGGGGAAUGCAAGUGUAGAGUUGGCUUCAGUGGACGCUACUGUGACGACUGCAUCCGCUACCCAGGUUGUCUUCAUGGCACCUGCCAGCAGCCGUGGCAGUGCAACUGUCAGGAAGGCUGGGGUGGUCUCUUCUGUAACCAAGAUCUCAACUACUGCACACACCACAAACCCUGCAUGAAUGGAGCCACUUGUACCAACACUGGCCAGGGCAGCUACACCUGCUCCUGUAGGCCCGGCUUCACUGGGGCCAGCUGUGAGAUUGAGGUCAACGAAUGUUCCAACAAGCCUUGCCGGAAUGGGGGAAGCUGCACUGAUCAAGAGAAUACAUACAAAUGUGCCUGCCCCCCAGGCUUCUACGGUAACAACUGUGAGCUCAGCGCCAUGACCUGUGCAGAUGGGCCUUGCUUCAACGACGGACGCUGUGCAGACAACCCCGAAGGAGGUUACUUCUGCCAGUGUCCUCUCGGCUACGCCGGAUUCAACUGUGAGAAGAAGAUCGACCACUGCACCUCCAACCCAUGUUCCAAUGGGGCCCAGUGUGUGGACCUUGUGAAUGCCUACAUGUGCCAAUGCGUCGAGGGCUUCUCCGGGGCUAACUGCGAGGAUAACGAAGAUGAGUGCGCCAACUACCCCUGCCAGAAUGGGGGCACAUGCACGGACGGUGUGAACGACUACACCUGCACCUGCCCGCCUGGAUAUGCCGGCAAGAACUGCAGCUCGCCCAUCAGCAAAUGCGAGCACAACCCCUGCCACAACGGAGCCACAUGCCAUGAGAGGAAAAACCGCUACGUGUGUGCCUGCGUGCCGGGCUACGGCGGUCAUAACUGCCAGUUCCUGCUGCCGGAGCAGCCCCCGGGUCAGCCUGCGCUGGAGGGAGCUGGUGAGAGAUACUCCGACGACGAGGACCAGGGCCAGUUCCCUUGGACGGCGGUGUGCGCCGGGAUUAUCCUGGCGCUGCUGCUCCUGCUGGGCUGCGCCGUGCUUGUGGUUUUCGUCCGGGUCAAGGUGCAGCGGAUGAGCCAGCAGGGAGACAACUACAGUGAUAGCGAGACCAUGAACAAUCUGGCCAACAACUGUCAAAGGCCCGGCAAGGAACUCUCUGUCAGCAUGCUUGGCACGGCCGGGGUCAAGAACACCAACAAGAAGGUGGACUUUCCCUCGGAUGGCAGCGGUUCCGAGAAGAACGGCUACAAGUCUCGAUACUCCUCAGUGGAUUGUAAUCUCGUUCACGAGCUGAGGCCCGAGGAUUUGUUGAAAGAGGACCAAGAGAAAAGGGAAGCGAAGAGUUCCGAGGCCUUGUUUUCCGACAGUGAUUUUGAAGACAAACACAGAAAACAUUUAAAGAGUGACACCUCAGAAAAUAAACAUGCAGAGGAUGCGAUGUGCAGCGACACAAAGUACCAGUCAGUCUACGUCAUAUCAGACGAGAAAGAUGAAUGUAUUAUUGCGACUGAGGUGUAACGCCACAAUGAGCUGUAGCUCGUCUUCUCUACGGGAGGUUUUACUCCGGUAAAUGCUGCUCAAAACCAGAGGGAAGGUUUCCCUUUAAGUGACUGCUGCUGUGGGACUAAGACUUUGUUAGUGAUGUUCAGAAUGAGCUGGUUCUCGACUGAAGAAAGCACAGUGACUGCAGAUAAAGGAUGGUUGGACCAUACUGGCCCGCGCUCUCACAAGUUAUGUUUCCCAGGAACGUGCCCAAUAUGGACUUGUUGCACUGCCUGUGAGGACAGUUAUACCUCAUUGCACUAUGUAUGGAGGGUUGCUUUUCAAUAUGUAUUUAAACAUACACAUUUGAGUUAAUUACUGUGUAUAAUGAGUAUGCACUAACUGCAGUGUAUAUUUGUAAAGCAUUUGAGCCAGUCUUCUGAAUUGGUUUGGAGAGGGAGAAACACUGCCUUCAAAUUUGUUAAAAUACUGUUUUUUUGCCUUCUUCAAAUAUGUAUUUUUUUAAUUUAAUUGUGUUAUUUGUUCCAUUUGUUUGUACUUUUGUAGAGUUCAUUUUGACAUAAUUUAAGUACAUUUUGUUUGUUUCAAAUAUGUAUAAUGUAUAUAAGGCACUUCAGGUCAACGUGACUUUGUUUUUCAAUAUAAAUGUAUUUAAGAAGCAUUGUAUAGAACCUAUUGGAAUUGUUUUAUUGCUGUUGCCCAUGACGGAAAUCAACUAAAUAUUUUUCCAAAAUAAAUGAUGUAUGAAAUAAUGAA